AUGGCCUCGCUGCCCUACCGUCGUGCAUCCGUGCAAGCCUCCAGGAAAGCUUCCACGGACCCCCGAGAGGAUCUGGAUGUCCAUCUCGAUCACUAUAUUGGCAUUGAUGUCGGAACUGGCAGUGCUCGUGCCUGUAUCAUCGAUGCCAAGGGUGAUAUUGUGGGGUUAGCCUCAGAAAACAUUGGCCUUUGGCAACCAGAACAUGGUUACUAUGAACAAUCGACGUCGGAUAUCUGGCGUUGCAUCUGUAUUGCUGUUCAGCGUGCGGUGAGCCAGCACAAUAUCAACCCGGACACUGUACGGGGUAUUGGAUUUGAUGCAACAUGCUCCUUAUCUGUGUUCUCUAAUGACACGGACGAACCAAUCUCAGUCACCGGUCCGAACUUCGACUCGGACCGCAACGUGAUCUUGUGGCUGGAUCACCGCCCCGUCGAGGAAGCGGCCAAGAUCAACGCUACCAAUCAUAACCUUCUGCGUUAUGUGGGUGGCAAGAUGUCCAUUGAAAUGGAGAUCCCCAAGGUCCUUUGGCUGAAGAACCAUAUGCCAGCGGAGCUGUUCGAAAGAUGCAAGUUCUAUGAUCUUGGUGAUGCGCUCACACACAUUGCUACAGGUAACGAGAAGCGAAGCUUCUGCAGCGUGGUCUGCAAGCAGGGAUAUGUGCCUGUGGGUGUCGAUGGCAGUGUCAAGGGAUGGCAAGAAGAUUUCCUGAAUGACAUUGGAUUGGGCGACUUGACCAAGGACGAUUUCAAACGCAUGGGCGGAGUUGACGGGGUGAAUGGCGAUUAUCUGAGUGCUGGUGAGCUGGUUGGCACUCUGUGUGAUAAGGCUGCCGCCGAAUUAGGCCUGCCAGCCGGCAUUGCCAUUGGCAGCGGUGUAAUUGAUGCUUACGCCGGCUGGAUUGGUACUGUUGGAUCAAAGGUCGAUCUAGGGUCAGGCAAAUCGCCCACGGACGUCCCAAAGCUCGACAGAUCCGAGGCCUUUUCACGUCUCGCGGCUGUAGCAGGCACCUCGACCUGCCAUCUUGCUAUGUCUCCGGACCCCGUCUUCGUAGACGGUGUUUGGGGUCCGUACCGGGAUACGAUCCUUCCAGGAUACUGGAUGGCAGAGGGUGGACAAUCAGCCACAGGCGAACUACUCAAGCAUGUCAUUGAAACUCACCCGGCCUUCCAACAAGCCCACUCAAUUGCCGAAUCAUACCAUGCAAACAUCUAUGAAUAUUUGAACGAGCACUUGAAAGAAAUGGCACACGACCAAGGUGCUCCAGGAGUAUCAUAUCUCGGGCGACACUUCUUCUUUUACGGCGAUCUAUGGGGUAACCGUUCGCCCAUUGCCGAUCCAAACAUGACAGGAUCAAUUUUCGGCCUAACCAGCGACAAAUCAGUAGACGGUCUUGCAAUCUACUACUACGCCACGCUUGAGUUCAUCGCGCUGCAAACAAAGCAGAUUGUCGAGACAAUGAACAAGUCAGGCCACCGGAUCACCUCAGUGUUCAUGUCAGGUUCGCAAUGCCAAAACGACAUUCUAGUCAACCUUGUUGCAUCAGCCUGUGACAUGCCCGUGCUGAUUCCUCGCUACAUUCACGCUGCGGUGUGCCAUGGUGCCGCCAUGCUGGGUGCUAAGGCCGCUAGCGCUGAUUCUCAGGGUAAGACCGAGGAUCUGUGGGACAUCAUGAACCGGAUGAGCAAGCCCGGAAAGAAGGUGUUGCCAACGGCAGAUGCAAAUGAGAAAGCCUUGCUCCGAGUCAAGUAUGAGGUUUUCUUGGAGCAGUGCUUCAAGCAGCAGAAGUAUCGUGAGAUGGUCGAUGACGCUGUGGGUGCCUGGAAGUCCGCCUAA